UCAAUUAAUUAAUCCGACAAUAAACAUAUAGCUAUAUACCGUGGCGGAAGUCGACUUGCCGGUGGUGGCUAUGGCGGCCGGAGAAGAUUCGGACCCUUCGUGCUUGUUCAUGGUGUCUGCGUUUCUCGCAAUGGAACCUCCCGACGUGGUACUCUCCUUCGCCAGGGAGCUUUGUGGAGGCUGUAUCACGGAGAGCGUUCAGAGCUUCAUUUGGCGGCGGUGUAUUAGCAAAGCUGAUUUGAAGUGGCAGGGGGAUUAUAUGAGAAGAUUUCUCAAGAAAUUGAUCGGUGACAUCGAAUCAAGCGGCGGUGUUGUUUUGGAUGAACUGUACGAGCAGUACACCUCAAUGAUUUCUCUACAGGAUGGUAGCACUAAUAGCGGGAACUUGUGGAUUUUGAAAACGAUCUCCUUUCUGUUCCCUGAUGAGUCCGCUGGAAUAUCAAGCUGUCUGACUUCAAAGCAAUUUGAGGUUCGACUCCGGUGUUCUACCAACAUGCUUGAAGGAGAUACUGGGUGCUCCAUUUGGCCGUCAAGCCUUUUCCUGUCAGAAUUUAUAUUGUCGCACCCAGAAAUCUUUGCAAAUAAGUGCUGCUUUGAGGUUGGUUCAGGAGCCGGAUUGAUCGGCAUUUGUCUCUCCUAUGUGAAAGCAUCUAAGAUUUUACUAAGUGAUGGCGAUUUCUCUACUUUAGCAAACAUGAAGUUCAACUUGGAAUUGAACGACCUGAGUACGGGAGACAACACAUCAGACAACCUUGUACAACACAAAAAGGUGCAUUGUAUUUGUUUGCCAUGGGAAUCCGCAACAGAUGAAGAACUACUCGGUUUAUCUCCAGACAUAAUUUUAGGCGCUGAUAUUAUCUACGAUCCAUCAUGCCUUCCGCAUCUAAUAAGAAUCCUGGCUGUUCUUCUCAAGCACAAAUCCAUUAACAGCCACACUCAUGUAUCAGAUGCUUUGCCAGCCGACACACUUGUAUGCGCCAAUGGCACCGGAGGUGGCCCCGUUGCAUAUUUCGCUUCUGUGAUCCGCAACGAGGACACUUUCAACUACUUUCUUGCACUUGCUGAAGAGUCUAAUCUCAGAGUCACAGAUCUCACUGGAAAUGUGCAAGUAUGUAAUUUUCUUCCUUACUUGCAAUCAUACCACCGUUCAGACGUGCAUUUAAUCAGUCUUUAUGCUUUGUAAAAAUAGACUCUUUUUUAUUAUGGUAGCAAUUUGUUGUAUUUCUUGGUGGAAUGGGAAAUAUUUCAUUCUGAUAACUAACUUUAACUGUCUGUAUGAUGAUUCUUGUUUUUAUUAUUCUUUUUACAGAUGUUUUAUUUGAUACGUGAUUCAUUAUCAAUAUAUAGAAUUUGCUCA